UCCAGCGGAAAGUUCAUCAGUUACCUUGGCUUUACCACAAUUAAGGACAUGGGAUAACAUAAAAAAUAGUUAAAACAAGAGGCUGUAAACUGGGAGCCUGCCAGACUUUCUGCCCAAAUGGCUCCACUUUCCGAGCUGCCCAUUACCACCCUUUGCGCUCGAGACUAGUUAAACAGAACCAGGGCCUCUCAAACUGGUACGUGUCGAAAUGAAUCAUAACCAACGAGAACCUAUACCCCAAAAUAGUGACCUAUAAAUAGAUUAAGGCAACCAACUUUCAGCCCUUCCAUUUCUCCCAACUAGGGAACAGAAAAUCUAGGCCUGCUUCUUGGGAGAGGAUUGCAAUUCUGCUAAUUUGUGACAGAUCAUGCAGGAAUAGGAGGUCAGAGAAAUUGUCGUGAGCGCACUGGAUAUGUCAUCAAGAAGAUGAAAUUCUGUCAGUUGUACUUGGUAGCUCCAUGAACAUUGGUUUCUAAGCUAGCUUGUGAAGGCUGGAUCAAGAGGUGGAAGGCAAAAAGAUCAAAGUAGUGGAUUCCUCGCAGGACGGCGCCGCGGGCGGGCAGCCGCCUGUGGAACCGGUUAAGAUGAAGGGCCUUCUCAAGGGCCUCCGAUACAUCUCCCAAAUUUUUGUCCCAGACGCCAAGGAGCCGGAGAUCCAGAUCGGAGCCCCCACGGACGUGAAGCACGUGGCGCACAUCGGCUGGGACAGCGCCUCCGUCACCAACCCCACCUGGAUGAACGAGUUCAAGGCUCAGCCGGGAGCGUCAGGGAGCGGGGGGCCGGAGGGCGCGGGGGCGGAGCAGCCCGGAGGUGCUGGCGGAGCAGGAGCGGCGGGCAAGGCGGAGCAGUCGGAGAAGCCGCGGCGGACGAGAGGGAAGGGAUCGGGGGGCGGCGAGGGGAAGCGGCGGGACGCGGACGGGUCGCGGCGGCCGGCGAAGGGGGAGGCGGCGGAUGGCUGCGAGGGGGAGGCCUCGGGGGCGGCGGCGACGAAGCAGCGGCGGAGGAAGCCCAAGGCGUCCGGGGGCACCUCGUCGGGGCGGUCGAAGUCGGGGGGAGCCGGGUCGUCGGAGCCGGCCGCCGCCGCGGCGGAGGACUAA